AAAAACUUGAAGAACACUAUAAAAGAGUAGCCUAUAGCAUAUAGCAUAUACAGAAAUUACACAAAUCAUGUCUUGUUUAUUUUCUCUUUUGAUUUUCUUUUCUUAUUUGCUUGUAAGUAAUUCAACUACCAUAAAACAGAACGAUGCUACUGCUUUAUUCAUUUUUGGGGAUUCUCUCUAUGAUGCCGGAAACAAUAAUUAUUUGAAGAUCGACGUCAACAAGGCCAACUUUUUUCCGUACGGAGAAACAUUCUUUAAGCAUCCUACCGGAAGGUUCUCCGACGGUCGAGUUAUUCCAGAUUUUAUUGCUGGGUAUUUAAAUCUACCAUUGAUUCUCCCUUAUCUUCAGCCUCAAAAUCAAGAAUACACAAAUGGAGUGAAUUUCGCAUCAGGUGGAGCUGGUGCUCUUAUUCAAACUUUUCAAGGAUAUGUGAUAGAUCUGAAUACUCAACUUGGUUAUUUCAAGAAUGUAAAGAAGCAGCUGAGGAAGAAAUUAGGGCAUAAAGAGACAGAGGCCUUAUUAGCAAAGGCCAUUUAUUUAUUCAACAUUGGCCUCAAUGAUUAUGCAGCACCGAUCCAAACAAAUUCUACUAUACUUCACCACUACACCAAUCAACAGUUUGUUGGGAUUGUUAUUGGCAACCUAACCGCUGUAAUUAAAGAAAUUUAUAAGAAUGGAGGAAGGAGAUUUGGAUUUUCAAACUUGGUUGAGUUGGGUUCUUCACCUGCUUCCAGAGCAUUUGCUCAAAUUAAUGGUACACCAAUUGGCUUCAAGGAAGCUCAAAUUCAAAUACAACUACACAAUAAGGCACUUCCUAAAGUUCUCAAGCACCUAAAGGAACAACUAGAAGGAUUUAAAUAUUCCAUUUUUGAUUUAUAUACUUCAGCCAGUGAAAGAAUUAACAACCCUUUUAAGUAUGGUUUUAAGGAUGGAAAAUCCGCGUGCUGUGGGAGUGGACCAUUUAGAGGAAUCGGACGGUGUGGUGUAUCUAAAGAUUAUGAAUUGUGUGAAAAUCCUGAUGAUUUUGUGUUCUUUGAUGGCAGUCUGCAUCCGACAGAGCAUUUCAACAACCAAAUUGCUAAACUCAUGUGGAGUGGAAAUUCUAAGUACACAAGCCCUUACAAUCUCAAAACUCUACUUGAUGCAUAGUUAAUAUUUCCAUUUAUAGUAGGAAAGCCAAAAUUAUCAUGUUAUACAUAAUAAGAAUAAUUAUUUCCAAUAAUUCUCACCAAUGAUGGUGCUCUAUGUUAUUUAACUUUUCAAAUAAAUAUAAUAAGAUCUUUAAAUUUAUUGUUCGGAUUA